AUGGUCCACUACAAGCUCAUAUACUUCAACGGACGUGGAGCAGGAGAAAUCAUCCGACAGCUAUUUGUCAUUGCGGGACAAGAUUUCGAGGACAAGCGCGUAACGUUCGAGGAAUGGCCAGAAUUGAAAACCAAGAUGCCGUUCCAUCAGUUGCCGGUGUUAGAAGUCGAUGGGAAGCAGCUAGCUCAGUCAUUCGCCAUAGUUCGCUACUUGGCAAGACAGUUCGGUUAUGCCGGUAAGAGUGCUUGGGAAGAGGCGAUUGUGGACAUGAUUGGUGACCAAUUCAAGGAUUUUCUGGUAGAGGUCAGUCCUACGAUAAGAGCCAUGCUGGGAUUCGAUAAAGGUGACGUGGACUCACUGCUGAAGGAGAAGUUCUUUCCAGCUCGAGAUAAGCUUAUGACUUUCAUGGCUAAAAUUCUCAAAGAUAACAAGUCAGGUCAGCAUCUUUUUCAACGUAGAUAG